AUGACUGGACGCGGCAAAGGUGGCAAGGGCCUUGGAAAGGGCGGUGCCAAGCGCCACAGGAAGAUUCUUCGCGACAACAUCCAGGGCAUCACCAAGCCUGCCAUCCGUCGUCUCGCUCGUCGUGGCGGUGUCAAGCGUAUCUCAGCCAUGAUCUACGAAGAGACACGAGGUGUUCUCAAGACCUUCCUCGAGGGCGUCAUCCGGGACGCCGUCACAUACACUGAGCACGCCAAGCGCAAGACUGUCACAUCUCUCGACGUGGUCUACGCUCUGAAGAGGCAAGGACGCACUCUCUACGGAUUCGGUGGUUGA